AUGUCAUCCUCACAAAUGACAACCACAGAACCUUCAGCAUCAUUGUUGUCAUCAACGUUUGACAGUGAAUUCCUUUUGGAAGACGAGGACUGGAUGGAUGGCCCUCUUCACUGUCAAUGGGGACAGUCAGCACGAAGGAUUGCCCAUGAAUGCCUGCAACGAAGCUCAGCGGGGGAAGUAUCCAAUCAUGAUUCAUUUUCACCUAUCAAUCACCUGAAUGACUAUGUAUGUAACAAAACUGACUUGGCAACUGGAAGCUUGGGAACAUUCGCUUAUUUACAAUACGAAUUGUCUAAACAUUGCACCAACGAAGAGCACAGACUACGCUUAUUGACUUCAGCGAGAGACUUUUGUCAUGAGGUCCUGAAUACUGAGUCAGAUAUUAAGGCAGAGAAUGAUGAAGAAUGUGACAAUGAGACCCCAGGAUCCAUGAGCAUACUGACGAAUACAGAGAUUGGGGCUCAUUUAUUGCUGACAGUCGUUUACAACGAAAUGGAUCAGGUGUAUAGGGGUAGAGAUCAUUUGCGGAUGCUCUUAAGAAUAUGGAAACAAGCAAACGGUGGAUGCCAUUUGGAAUCUAACGACAACAGCAAGCGGAACAACCUUUGGUAUGGUCGAGCUGGUGCCUUGCAAGGAAUCUUCUUUUUACGACGGGAACUAUACAGUCCUACUGGUGCCAGGGAUCUUGCUAUUGAUAUUGCCAAGGAACUGCUGGUGCAACUGUCAGCGAAUAGUUCAAUAGAUGGCGACGAUGGUAUGAUACUCGGACGAAUUGGGAUUCUUUACACGCUCCUGGGGAUGGAAGAGGAAGAAUGGAAUCGACUAGAAACUGAGAUUCCAGGUUGUCGACAAACUGUACAAGGCAUCAUCGAAGCCAACUACAUAGUCUCUGUAAUCACAGAUGGCUGUGAUCCAUCUUGGGCAACGGGAGUCGCAGGUCAAAUUCUGCUGCUGAUACGAGCGUCUCAAAUAUUUGACAAAGAGUUGUAUUUUGACUUUGCCAAGCAUCUUACAAAGAGAUAUCUCCUUCCGAGCUGUUACAAUCCCAAGAUUGGCAAGAUUGGACUCAGUGAUGGGAUUGUCGGUGUCGCCUUCGCCCUGAGGUACUUGCAGCAAGAGAGUGCUUCCGAACGAUUCGUGAAAUUGGCAAUGCAAAACCUAUCGAGCAACAAAGGAAGUGUAUGUGGCCUCUUUGACGGUGCCGGCGGACUUGUUUUGCUUCUAAUGGACAUGGCUGAUCGAAUCCAACCAUCCAGCUUUCCAUUCCUUCAUCCACCUUCAUCUUGUUCCAUGUCAUUAUCACUGCCUACCGACAACACAGACUUUGAUGAAUCUGGUCUUUUGGCUGUUGACAACUUUAGCUUCCAUCCGAAGGCUUCUCUUGAGAUUGUACAAUGCUGCCAAAAUGGCACCAUUGAACCCGAGUUCCAAGAUUCCAAUACUCAUCUUCACAGUAAUGCUGACACUCAGCAUGAUGAAAACGAAGCGAAACAACAUCGAUUCCUGGAAUCUGAUCAUAGCCGCGAUUGUAGUCCGUCUCGUCAGAAGUCGGAACCUCGACCAAACGCAAAUUCUGACAGCAGCAAUGCAAUUCAAUCAACCGAUGUCUCCUAUUCCUACGACUAUUCGUCGCCUCUUAGAAACUCUCCCUCCAGGACCGCAACGGUUGGAACUCCACCAUCGACACCAGCAAGAGAUUCCAGAAUCCCAACAUAUUCAUCACCAUCUUCCAUUUCAGUUCCAAGCCAACACUCGAACGCUUCACCGAAUCCAAUUUUAAAGGCCGCUCUGAGGCCUACAAGAAUACCGACUCCAACCAAGCCGAACUCUGUUGCACUGCAACUAUCACGGCAAUCCAGAAUCCGGACGCCUCCAAGGCCAACAGCAAAAUCGAACACAGUCCAAGUACCAGCGGAAAAAUCAUCCACCAAGACUCAAUCCAAGCUGCGAGGCCAACCUUUUUCUAAUCAAGACAAAGGACCAAGAAGUCCACCGCGGCCGAAUAGGCUCGGAACCGAGUAUAAAGUUAUCUCCGAGUACCAGUUCCGAGAUCGUAACGGAAAGUUCGGGCGAAGGAUCAUGUCAAGGUGUCUAGACAACAGUACUGCCGAAGGAAACCUUCUCAAUGGUGGACUUGGUCCCUGCAUCUAUCUGCGCCUUCAAAUGAGCAAGGCUUCUGAAAACAAUAGAACGCAACUGUUGAAGGCUUCGUUAGUUGAAGCCGAAAAGGCAUUGAAAGUGGCCAAGGGAAGGGCUGGGGCUGUGUCUCAGAACAUGUUCAACGAUGAAUAUAUUGGUGCAAAGUGCUUCUACAUCAUCCUUCUGCAUCGCUUGGGUAGACCAAACAAGGCAUUGUGGCAUGCCGAGGAUCUCCUCGAGCUCCUUCGCAAAGGAUGCGAAAGUUUACCCCCUGAAGCCUGUGGCGUUCUUGAUGGCCGAGCUGGAGUGUUGAAAACAAUUUGGUUUCUACGAUCCGAACUGGAGAGCCCAGGUUUUGGCCAUAAUCUUGCGUUGCACAUCAGCAAGCAGAUUAUGUAUCAAGGAAUGCUGACAGCUCAAAAGUACAAAUCGGAAAGUUUGGUCAUGUGGGAAUGGAAAUCGAAGCCAUACCUUGGAUCAGCACAUGGGGUUGUUGGCAUUAUUGACGCGCUGCUUGGACACUCAGACGAGGAAAUGAGCAUACUCGAAAGCAUGCUGCCUCGAGUAAGAGAUGUUAUUCUUCAAGCAAUCGAAAGCUUAGACUCCUGUUGCGACGACUCUGGAAACCUUCGAAAGAAGUUGAAUGACGAAGAUGACAAUGAUUUGACCAAUAUGGUACAUGGAUCACCAGGGUACUGUCUUCUACUUGCAAAGGCGUCCCUAGCCUUUCCCAAGAAAAGAAAGGAGUUCGUUUUACGUGCAACACGAUUGGCAGACAGUACCCUUCGACCAGCCCUUCAGCCAGGUAGAAUCAACAAUGCAAAUGGUGGGCUUAUGCGUGGCGUUUCCGGCAUUGGGUAUAUUUUCCUGGCACUUGCGCAAAUUGAUUACGAGAACGCAUCUAAAUGGAUCUCAAAAGCAGAAAGUAUUGCGCACCAUGCUGUAGAUCAACUUGAUUCCUUGAUCUCCAACUCCCGUCGUCCCUAUUCUCUUUUUGAAGGAAUUGGUGGAUUGGCUUCGCUCCUAAUCGACCUGUUGCACCCGGAGGCCGCUUGCUUCCCGUUCUAUGAUGUCUCCAAGCGACUUGAAAUUUCAAGUGCAGUGUCAACAAACGGCAUACAACCUUUCGACCCUGUGCCACAAAGCUGCCUGCUGUAA